CUCAAAUUGACACCGAGACGUGGUCAACUUUCGGUACCAACAACAGCCGUGCUUAAUUUGUCCAUUUGUAAUAUUGGUAAUUGCAGCCGAUUACACACGAGUAAAAAAUGACAACGGUGGUGCAUGAUUCACACACGGUCGUUGUCAAUAUGACACCGGUCGUGUAUGAAUUAUGCACCACCACCUGCAUAAUGAUGCACCACCGUUGUUACUUUGUACACCGACGUGCAUGAAUCGUACACGAUCGUUGCCAUUUUAGCAACUACCGUGUAUGAAUCAUGCACCACCGUUGUCAUUUUUUUUACUCGUGUGCAAUCGGCUGCAUAUUUACCAUUUUUUCCGUGUUAUUGAAAGAGAAAGGACGCAUUGUGCAAAAAAUUUAUUGAAAAUGAAUAAUAAUUCGCAAGAUCCUCAAAAUAUCAUUGGUGAGUUGUUAGAAAUCGAUGGCAAUAUUGUUGUGGUUCGCGAUACAAACCAUUGCAGCAGUCAAGAUGCGGAAAACAAUGAGGACGAUUAUAUGUUAAGGGAGUUCUUAAAAGGAAUAAAUAUGGAGUCGCUUUUUGAACAAUUAAAAGGUAAGUAAAUAAAAAUGAAUUUUUCAGUUAAUCAGUGUAAUUAACAAAGAAUUUUCUUUUUUGUUCUUUUAGCAUCACAUGUAACAUUUCGCAGCUUGCAGUACUUGAAAAAAGAAGAUUUAAAGGAAGCAGUGCCACCAUUGGGACUGCGUGUUGAAUUCAGAGAAAAGCUCUUUGCUUGGAAAAAACGAAAGCUCGGGAUUGAUGACGAAACUAUGUCAGUUCCAUCUAAAAUAGGUGAAUGGUGGAAACGCAACGAGACACCUGCAAGUACUCCUGGUACUCCCGACACUACAGGUUCGAACUGCUCAAAAGCCAAAGGAAUUUUGUCAGAGGAUCUAACGGAAUUGUUAACACAUACCUCGAAGGGGAAACUAGCGCUUGAAUGUAGUAGCGUUAAUAAGAAAUUAAGUGACGAGCAAAGAGAUGAUAUAAUUAAUAUAAUUAUUGAAGAUAUUUUAACCAACAAUGUUACUCUUUACACUCAAGACUAUAUGCGCAUAUUGGAUGAAAUUUGUUCCGUUUUUCCUCUUGAAAACGAAAUGAGGGAUUAUUAUUACAUUUCAAGAAAAGGAAAGAACAACGCAAGCGGAAAACUUUAUGCCAAGUAUAGAAACAAGAAGUCCAAAAGAAUAAAGCUUUUGAUUUCCGAGCCUAGCACAAGCAAAGCAGCAACUCACACAUCUCCUAAUUUUUGUAACAAAGAUGUUCCCGAAAUUGAUGAAUCAGUUGAAAAUUCAUUGAAAGCUUCCUUACUAAGAGAAUGUAAUGAUUGGGGAUCGAUCUGCGAAAAAUGGAAAAGAUCUUUUAACAUACGGCAAAGAGAUAUAAAAAAUUUAAGUAGCCAUACAUUUCUCCUUGAAUGGACGAAGUUGUCCGAUGCAAGAGCUUCAGAAUUGGUCAACAUUGAUUUCGAUAUUAUGUAUCCACAGAAAGGCAAUCUUCUACUUUCUAAAUGGGACCAAUUUAAGAAAAAAAUUUACAAUUAUUAUGGGAAAAAUAUUCAUAACGAACAUUGCAAACAACUCUUCGCAAAUGUUUUGACGGCAAGCAGCAUAGAUGCUCAAGAUUAUAUAUACGCAAUACUGUUGAAUUCAGUUUUACCAUCACCUGCUAGGUUUAAAUGUGGAAACGGUAAAUUACGAAAAAAAGUAACAAUAGCUGAUUCGCAGGAAAGUUUCGUACUGCGACUACCGACAAUUAACGAUUAUAAAAGGCAAAUUGAUACAGUCACUGAAAAGUAUUACAAUGCUGGAUUAACUAUACAGCCAUUUAUAAUUGUGGAGGGUUUGUCCGAUUUCAAUAUAAAAGGUUUUUAUGUUUUUUUUAACCACAAUUUGUUAAAAUUUCAAUCGUUCCUCGAAUGUUUAGAUACAUGUUUUAAAAUUUUUCAUGCACUUUCUUUAAAAUAUCCAAAUGCCUGCCAAAUUCCAUGGAUUUUUAUCCAAAAAUAUUUUUAUGAAAUUAAUACUGUAUAUGAUAUAAAAUCAGUUAAUUUGACUUCACUUAUUAAUUUCUGCAACAAUAAUUAAAGUACAAUUCAAAAUGUAUAUUUGCUUUCGUUGCCGUAAGCAUUUUGAUAAGGCAAAUCUUUUAAUAGCUCAUUUGAAAACAGACCAUUUAAUGUCCACUAAAUUUUUAAAAGUACAAUGCGUUCAGGACAACUGUAAGCAAACAUUUACAAAAUUUACGUCAUUCAGAAUUCAUUUAGAAAAACUUCACAAGAAUCACACAAAAGCUCCACCAAUGGUUAAAGCCAUUAAUG